AUGGAUGUCAUCAAGUCUAUUUUGGCCCUAAAUGACUCCAAAAGUUCUACCCAGAUUGCUCUGGACAUUUCUCAGGCUCACAUUGACACAGAGGAAGAGGAGAAGGAGAAAGAAGACGAUGACGACCAACAUACAUACGAGGUUCCACCAAAUGAAAGCCAUAACAAGAGACUGGCUCCAGCCAAGCAGCAGGAGGCUGCAGAGGAUGUGUAUCUUGAUCAACCAGUCCUGAGGCGCUUCUCUGAGCCAAACAAUUUCCUGCAGCCAAAGCCUCAUCUGCACCUGUCAAAGCAUGGGGCCGAAGGCAGCAAUGAGGAAGCAAUAACCAGGCUCUGGGCAACAGAGAAAGCUCUGAAAACAGGAAAAACAAAACCUCCCCCACCUCCUCCUCUUCCACUCUCUGCCCGUCGAGUAUCCCUGCCAGUGCUGAGUUCCUCUGGGCAACAAAUGAAAACUUCCACGAACAGAGAUCCUUUCCCAGCCCUGAAAGAUGACGAGGAGGAGUCCAUCUACUUGAUAUGUGAGCCCAGCACAGACUCAAUACCCUGCAGGCUACCCCCCUGUCCAAUCUCCACUCCUUUGAAGCAACUUAGGGCAAAGAUCUUCCAGUCUGGACCACGACCAGGCCUUACAGAGAACUCACCUCAGGGAGAGGGUCUGAAGAGUGGAUCCCUACCAGAGGAUUCCAGUGUGCAGAACAAGGUCUGGUAUGCAGGCAGCUGUGAUCGGCGCACAGCAGAGGCUGCGCUCCUCCGAUUUAAUAAGGACAGCGCCUACCUGGUGAGACGGAGCUCAGGACAUGGCUGGAAUCAGCCCUACACUUUAGUUGUGCUGUACAAGAACCGUGUCUACAAUAUCCCCAUCCGCUACUUGGAGAACAGCCACCAGUACACUCUCGGCAAGGAUGGCAAGAACCAAGAAGAGAUCUUUGACAACAUAUCCAGCAUCAUCCAGAGUUACAUGGAGCGCCCGCUAGUGCUGAUUGAUGGCACCACUUCCGCCAAGGAACAGACUUGCUUGUUGUUUCCCGUGAAGCCAUGAGCCAGGUUCCUGGAGAGCAGGCCUAUCUGGGGAGGGAUUUGGCACCAGGCACUGAACUCUUCUGUUUCCUGGCAAGUUUGAUGUAAUGCCAAAGUACUGAAGCUUGGUGUUGGAGUGUCCUGAUAUCUUGCAGAAUGAAUGCUAUUUCCAGCUAUCCUUCCAGAGUCAAUUAAGAGAAUGCUUGAUCUGUGAUAUUCCUUUGGUGUUGAAGGGACUUAACUUCUUCAGUUAAGGAGAUGCUGGUGCAGUGAGCAAAGUUUAAAUGGGAUUCCCUUUUCAGGGCAUCAGCUUUGCCCAGCUGCAGGAAAGUUAUGCUGUCCUCUUUUGUUUCUUUAAAAUUCCUAUAAAGCAUUGAGAGUUGUAUUGGGUUAGUUAUACAUUUUAGUUAAUCUCAGUUUAAAUAUAUUGCU